UUUAUAUAAAUUGGUAUAUCAUUUAUUGCGUAUCAAUCCCCUCUAAUUUGUUGUAUUAAUUCAGUCAUUAAAUCCGAAUGGAAUACGAGUACAUAUCAGAGAGAUAACAAACCGCCGAGAGUGAGAACGCGCUCAAGGUCUUUAUUCCCAAUGAACGAACGUAACUAAAGUGAAAGUCACGUGGCGGCUGACUCGACAAGAGUUUUUCAUAAAAUACCGAGCCAGUCACAGCCAACCUCCAGUUGCUCUCUCAAAAAUAUUUUCCACGACCAAGUGAUCAAAAGUCUACGCUGGAAUAUUUUCAUCUUAAUAAUAUAUAUAACAGUCGCGAUUUUCAUUCAUCGCGUAUCUUGAAUCUGAAACUAGUUUACCAAGUUGUCUUGUUGCUUGUCUUGAACUCGAUAUACAUGUGUAUAUAUGUACAUAAAAGUUGGCAAGUGACGACGAAUAGAAGUGAAAUAUAAAAUAGAAUAGAAUAGAAUAGAAUAGCAUAAUACUGGAAUAAUACAAUAGAUACUGUACGGAAUAUUAUUAUCACAAGUAGAGGUUGAACUGCGCAACUACAGGAUUUAACGACUUGACAGAAGUGCGCUCGCGCAUCUUGGAUUUCCCGGGGAAUCGGGACUUUCCGGGCUACAAAACGGCUUUUUCAUCAUCAUUCGCCAUAACGCAACCUUCCUGUCUAGGUGCUAUACCACGUCACGGCAACAGUGUCAAGUAGGAAUUGACGUAAAGUAAACAAUAUGAGCGUCGAGGAUGCUAUCAACUACAAACGGAGCGCCGACGAGGAUUUUUACGCCCUUCUGGGGUGUGACGAGUCCGCGACAGUCGAACAAAUAACUGCCGAGUAUAAGGUACUCGCUCUUCAGUAUCAUCCGGAUAAGAACGAGGGUAACAAGGAAGCAGAGGAAAAGUUUCAACAACUCAAGAAUGCCAAGGAGAUACUUUGUGACCCAGAGAAAAGGAGCAACUACGAUAAAUGGCGGCACAGCGGAGUUCAGGUCAGCUAUAAGCAGUGGGUCGGAAUGAAAGAACAUGUUCAGCAGUCAAUGCACUGGAGUACACCAAAGACGAAAGAUAGAAUGUUGCCCGACGGAAGUGGCGCCGGCGGGUCACCAGGACACGUGAGAGGACAGCCAGCAAACGCACACAGACGUGCAUCAGAGGGUGGCGCCAAUAUUCACUACGGGGCACGUCGUGAUCUCAACUGGGAUUCCCAGGCGACCAGUGAAGUUGUCAACAAAUUUCGUAAUUACGAGAUUUAAAGAGCUUGGACACCAUCAGCACCAACGCACCAGGGAGUAGACCGUGUUUAACAAGGCGAGCGAUUUAAUUGUUUCCCACGUCAGACCUAAACAUCGUGAUACAUAUAUAUAUAUAUCUAUCUAUAUAUAUAUAUAUAUAAAAUAAUUGAUGACUAAAUAUUGAUGACAGUUCUUAUAUUAAUUAAGAUGAUUGCCGUAAUUGUUUCAACAAUCAUUGACGAUGUUUCUGGACCAUCGCUUCCUAUUAAAAAAAUUAUAAAUAAUAAUAAUAAUAAUAACAAUAAUAAUUAUUAUUAUUGUUGUCAAACAAAGUUACAACACAAUGGACUAAUAGCUUGAAACAAAAAACAAAAACAAGACAUAGGAACACGAUUAAAUAAAUGAAAAAUAAUGUUAUAUAUAUAAAUAUAAAUAUAAAUAUAUUAAUACAUAAUAACAUAUAUACAUUUACAAAUAUAUAUAAAUAUUUGUAAGGUACACACUCGCGUCAAUUUUCGGUUAAAAAGUCGUCGCGUCCUUUGAUAAAUCCCUGGCGGAGGCAAUCGAAGGAGUGAAUUUUAUCAAGUUUGUUAGGACACGAUGUCUGUAUUAGCGAUAUAUUCUAUGAGAGUUUUAUCUGAGAGUUACAUAUAUGUUGAAAUAAAAAUAUUUAUAACAAUAACAGUAACAAUAUGUAAAUUUACGUAUUUCAAGCGCGGUAAUUAAAAGUCGCGUUGCAGAGCCGAUGGAUCGAGUCUUGUUACGCGAUACUUAAAAUUAUCGCGCAAUAAUAUCUGAGUUCACUAAUUGUAUGACAAAAUCACGAUAUAUAAUGUUAUAUUAUUUAUUGUUUUUAAUAAUCUGUCUAAUGUCUACCUUUCGUCCGUUUCGUCGUCGAUUUAAUAAUUUUUUUUGACCUCGUCUUCAAAUCGACGGACUGGAUUUAUAAAAAAAUUCUGCCUUCGGCUUAAUUUUAUCUGCACUCAUUAUACUCACCAGUUUUUUUUGGUUUAAUUUUAUUGUUGAUAGUCAUAUUUAUUUAAUUAAUAAGUUAUUUAAUUUAAAAAUAUAAUUUUUUAUAAAAAGUCUUUCGAGUAUUUUAAUUUUGCUUUGAAAAAAAUUUUAUUUUCAAAGUCUUUUACAUAAAUUUUACCGGAUACUAUUUUGUGUGAUAUAUUUGUUCGAGUAUUGAAGAAAAUCCUUUUAUCGAAUUAAAAGAUUAUUUAUAUACACGUACAUAUACAUAUAUAUUUACCUGAAGGUACACACCCACGUAAACUGUCUAUCCUCACAUACUUUAUUGUUUAGUUUACCGAUAAAAAAAAUAUCUGAGGUAUAUGGAACCAUAAAGACCUUAUAUAUUCAUGAAUUACUUACGGCUCGUCAUGUCUUUCACUCCAUUAUAUAUAAGAUCAAUAUUCGUGAUUUAAUUAUUAUACAUUGUUCAGUGUAAAUCUAUAUGCAUAAUAUUAAGAAAAUAUUUCCAGUUAAUGGAAAUCGUGUAUCGAUAUUUCCAACAAAUAAUAUCGGACUUAAAAUUGAACUGAUUUUAUUUUUUGGUUUUAUUAAAAAUCACCUCGCGGUCUGAGUUUAAUUAGUUUUCAAUAAAGAGGAAAAUGAUAAUGAACCUGAAGUCAGUAGACAAUUAACAAUUUUCGGAUUUUUUUUUUCGACAGAAUCAAAUACAAAAAAAAUUAAAAUAUGCACAUGUAGAAAAUUAAAAAAUUUAUAGGUGCAAUUUUUUUUAUAAUUUAUCGUUUUGAAAAAAAUCCAAAAAUUAUUACACGUCGGCGAACUUCAGUAUCAUGAAUUAAUCAGUUAUAAAAAAAAAAAAAAAACAAAUUUAUGAAACAAAUAACAAUACAUAUCUUUAAUUUAAUUAUAUAUUGUAUUUAGAUUAACAAUUUUUUGAAAAAUUUAAAAUGUUUUUAGUUUUGUUUUUUGAGUACAAAAUAAAAUUAUACAGAGUCUAUAUCCCUCCAAAUAUAUAUUUCAUCUUCUACCUAUAUAUAAAUGUAUUUUUCUAGAAAAACAACUGAGUAUAUAUAUAUAUAUAUAUAUGAAAGAAAUAAACACAAAAGAUAUUGCCGAGACAAUUUGAGUGGUUGACAAAAAGUUAAUACAAGAAAGUCGGAUAAAGAGUCUGGAGAUAAUGAAUAUGAGAAAAAUAAAGCGGAUUAUUGAAUCAAAAUGAAAAAGAAAGUGGAAAAAUAAAUGAAUUUUUCUCAUUAGAUUUCCCCUAUCAUUUGUCGGUAGACAAAUCCCUCGUUAACCGGGAGUAUGAUUUGGAAAAAACGAAAAAAAGA